GCGUUCUUGGGCUCCUUCGUUUGAUUGCGAUUUCUCUACUCAAUUAUGACUCCUGCAGUAAAAUUUUGUUGGUAGCCAUUUUGAAUGUCGAUUUCGCAUCCCGUGUAAUCGUUGCCUUAUUUCUCUAUAGAGAGAUAGGUUUUUUUUUUCUAUUGAUAUAGCUGUUCGAGAUAUCAGUUUGGGAGAUUAUCUAUAUACUUGGCCAAGAUCAUUGGUUUCACAGAACCUCGUCAGGAGUCUUUUCUCAACCCCUAGAAGUCAGUCCAAUGUGCUGGGCCGCACAUAACCGCGUACUUCUUUAUCUGACAACAGAACGGCUGGCAAGCUUGCUCCCGCCGAGGGCAUGAACGGGAAACACAGUAAUGAAAAGUCCGCCGAGGACGCUCAGCCUCCAAAACAGGGGCCGCCAGCACCGCCGAACCACCUCACCGACGAUGAGGUGAGCAACCGGGAAGGAACUGGUGCCAACAAGGACCCGGCGGGGAACCUCGACCCGGAGUCUGCCGCCGCUUCGAUGACAUCGAGGCGCCACAGCAGGGGGGACGCGCACUCCACAACCUCGUCGAACCACAACAGCGACCACGACCACGACCACGAUGACGACGAUGGACUGUCUCGCGUGUCGACGCACGCCUCGAUGGGCCCCGACAGCGCAGCCGAAGUGGAGCAGUUCAGCUCCUUCGUCGAGGUGCCCGACGAGGUGUACGACCGCUUCUCGCGGCGCCGCAAGCUGCUCAUCGUGGCGGUCCUGUCGUACUGCUCCUUCCUGGCGCCGAUAUCGAGCACGACUGUGCUUUCAGCCGUCCCAGAGGUCGCGGCCGAGUACGCCACCACGGGGACGGUCAUCAACUUGAGCAAUGCGCUUUACAUGUUGUUCAUGGGUCUGUCACCCAUGUUUUGGGGCCCCCUGAGCCAGGUGUAUGGACGUCGCAUCAUCAACUUGACGACAGCCGCCCUGUUUUUCGUCUGCAGCAUCGGAACAGCGCUUGCGCCCAACCUGGUGGCCUUUUUCAUCUUUCGCAUCUUGACUGCAUUUGAGGGGACAUCUUUCAUCCUCGUGGGAUCUACUUGCAUCAGCGACAUAUACCGCCCUACAGAGCGCGCAACGGGCAUGGGAUGGUUCCUGUCAGGAACCCUUAUCGGUCCAGCCCUCGGCCCCUUCGUGGGCGGCAUCAUAGUCACCUUCCAGUCCUGGCGCGUCAUAUUCUGGCUGCAGACGGCGCUGGCGGGUACCGCCGUGAUCCUCGUCUUCUUCUUCCUGCCCGAGACGGCGCACCACAAAAAGAUCGACGACCUUGUCGGCUACUCGGGCGCGCGCAAGGCACGGGUACUGGCCUCCAUGAUCAACCCGCUGCGCGUCAUCCGGCUGUACGUGUACCCGAACCUCAUGGUGACGGGACUGGCGGCGUCGGCACUGCUCUUCAACAUGUACAGCCUCCUGACUCCGAUCCGGUACGUGCUCAACCCGCGCUUCGGGCUGACUACACCGCUCCAGGGUGGGCUCUUCUACCUCGCUCCGGGCUGCGGCUACCUCGUCGGCACCUUUGUCGGUGGCCGCUACGCAGACUACACGGUGCGCCGGUACAUGGGCAAGAAGGGCGGGCAGCGCGUGCCCGAGGACCGCCUCCGGUCCGCUCUGCCCUUCAUAGGCAUCGUCAUCCCCGCCUGCACGCUGGCGUACGGAUGGGGCGUCGAGCGCAACAGCGGCGGGAUCCCCCUCGCCGUCAUCGCGCUUUUCCUUCAGGGGGUAGCGCAGCUGUUUUGCUUCCCGAGUUUAAACACCUACUGCCUCGACGUGAUGCAGAGCCGCGCGCCAGAGGUCGUCGCGGGUAACUACAUGAUGCGGUACCUGUUUGCGUGCCUGGGAACGGCCGUGGUCCUGCCCGCGAUCCAGGGAAUCGGCGUCGGGUGGUUUAGCACAAUCAGCGCGGCGUUUACAAUGUUUGGCGCGGCGGGCCUGGUCGCGAGCGUGGCGUGGGGCAAGCGGUGGCGAGAAGGGAUCGAUGCGGAGAGGAGGAGGAAGAGGAGCGAGAAGAGCAAGCGCAGGGCCAAGGUGGCGGAUGGAGGUGAAUCGGGCGUCGUGCCGUAGUAGGAGGAAAGAACGGGAGGAAAUGCUACCACCCCCACCAUUACUACUACCACUACCACCACUACCACUGGCACGGAGUCCUUUACGGUAGGGCUUUUGGGAUGACGGGGGGCGAAUGUGGGAUGGGGCGGCUGCAUAAUUUUGGGCACCCAUAAUUUUCACUUUUGACUUUCGCUCUCGCCAAACCAACCAGCAGUCAGGGAACUCGCAUCCGGAUGGAUGAGCGGCUAGCUAUCUUGGGAAUUGUCUGAAAAAGGUUGAUCGAGUGGACUUUCAGGCCUGGACACCAAGAAUAGCUGGACACUUUUUGUGUUCUGAUCACGUCGCAUACCGCCACUACAUUUCUUACGGGGAGUAUACGUAGCAUUUUACAGCAUAUUACAUAGUAAUCCGAGUGCGAAAGAAAAGACCGCAUAAAUUCAGUGUUGUUGGAAAUAGUAAUCCACGUGGUACCGGCCAA